CGAGAUUCGGCAAGCCCCAGAGGCAAUGGGCCCCCCUGGCAGGGUCGCCGACCUCCAGUCCAGGGUCUUCUCGUCUCCCGUGCGGGGCAGCACGCGUCAAAUCUCGUGAUGUGCCGCCGCCUGUGUCUCAUGGCUUCAGCUGUCGAACAUCACAACCUCCGGGCAUAGAUUUUUGGGAAUCCCAAUCUUCCUUCCGUGAACCUGCUCAUACAAUCGCAGCAUCUCGCCAUGGACCACUACGACUUCGUCAUCAUUGGCGCUGGCAUCUCGGGCAUCGAUGCCGCCUACCGCCUCAAGACCCAGCUGCCCGGCUGCUCAUACACCAUCCUCGAGGCCCGCGACGUCGUGGGCGGCACCUGGUCCUUCUUCAACUUCCCCGGCCUCCGCUCAGACUCUCAGCUCACCUCCUUCGGCCUGCCAUGGCGCCCCUGGAUGCACCAGAAGGACAUCGCCAACGCCGCCCUCAUCCGCGACUAUCUCCAAGCCGCCGCCCGCGACGAGGGCAUCGACAAGAAGAUCCAGUUCAACCACAAGGUCACCGCCGCGAGUUGGUCGUCAGAUGAGCAGCAGUGGACCCUGUCCACAACCUCGGGCGGCAAUGACAAGACGAUCCGUGCGUCCUUUGUCCUCGCUUGUUGCGGCUACUACAGAUAUGACAAGCCCCUCGAGACCGCCAUCCCUGGCAUCAACGACUUCAACGGGAUUGUCGCGCACCCGCAGUUCUGGCCAGAGAACCUCAACUGGGCCGGGAAGAAAGUCGUCGUCCUUGGCUCCGGCGCCACAGCCAUCACCAUCGUCCCGGAAAUGGCCAAGACGGCUGGCCAGCUCACCAUGCUUCAGAGGAGUCCCUCAUACGUGCUCAGCGUUCCAUCUGUCAAUCCUGAUGGCAAGUUCUUGAAGCGCUUCCUGCCUUCCUGGCUGGCCUUUCCAAUCUACUGGUGGCGCUGCGUCAUCGAGGAGCACCUAUUCGUGCUGUUCAACCUCUACUUUCCGAAGCUCGGGAGGAAGCUUCUCAUGUGGCUCGCGCGCAAAGAACUUCCGUCUUCCGUUGAUGUUGACGUGCACUUCAACCCCCGGUAUUUACCAUUUGAGCAACGCCUCUGCCUGUGCCCCGAUGGCGACUUCUUCAAGGCUUUUCACCGCGACAACUGUGAAAUCGUGACAGACACCAUCGAAAGUGUUGUUGCAGAUGGCAUAGUCACAAAGUCGGGCCGCAAAAUCGAAGCAGACAUAAUCGUGACCGCUACUGGCCUGCACGUCCAACUCUUGAGCGGUCUCGCGCCUGUGGUUGACGGCAAACCCUUCUCCAUUGGGGAGAGCUACGCCUGGCGAGGCGCGAUGCUUACCGGGCUGCCCAACAUGGGCGCCGUCUUUGGCUACACGACAACCAGCUGGACUUUGGGCGCAGACGCCAGCAUUCGGCUCCUCAUUCAGGUGUACAAGCACAUGACCAAGAUUGGUGCUACAUCAGCAGUCCCGGUCGUCGAGGACAUGGCAAAAGCCACGCCAUCCAAGCCAGUCAUCUCGCACAGCUCCACCUACUUUGUCGCGGCCAAGGAUCGGCUGCCGCGAGUGACCGGCCAGGCACCAUACUCGGGGCGCAUUCACGCGAUCUACGACAACUGGAUGCUAUGGUUCGGUAGCGUGACGCGUGGGAUGCAGUAUACUAUACCUGCUCGCAAGAAGCUGUGAGAAGGAAUAAACAUGUUCCGGCGCUCUGUGGUGGGCCAGUUCUCGCAGGACCGUCGAGCUCCCUUGAUGGCUGGCAGGAAGGAUUGUAGUAAUCAUAAAGCGGAGCGGGCAUGCUGACCGCCGAAACACCACAUAGACGCAACUUGAAACGAAGCCAAUCUGAGCUUGCAGCCUUCUGUUGCGGCUGAAGUGCAUCGCGUCCACCACCAGAUGGCUUUUGUGGAUAUAUUUGUGCAUUGUGUUGCGCACAAUUCCCAUCAAAUUCACUGCCGGCAGACGG